GUUUAUACUGUUUUGCGUUUACCCAUCGCAUGCAUAAUUUAUAAGUAAUCGCUUGGGUGAUGCACGGUUGAUAGAUCAUCACACACAAAUGCAUUGUCUGAGACACACCCAACGGCCAUAGAGAAUAGGAUGGUCUCUUGAAGGACGUAUACAUGGUAUAUACAAUCUGACUGUCGUGUCACGUGAUCAGCGUGUUGAUGUUGCAUGACGGGAACAUUUGUUGGAUGCCUGUAAACAAAUCUUGACUUUUGUAACACCGAAGACGUUUAAGGACAUUACAGACUGUGCGGACUGCAGAAGGAGGUGCUGACAGUCAGGAUGAUCAGGGAGUGGCCGCUUCUCAUCCUCAUCCUCGCUGUGUACGGGGACGUUGCUGAAGGUGGCGGCGUCGAGGAAGCCGCUCCUGCUUGCUCUGCCGAUGACCUUGACAUCGCCUUCAUCAUUGAUGCUUCAGGAAGUAUUGGAGACGAGAAUUUCGAACUGGUCAAGAAUUUUGUCAGUGAAUUCAUAGGCAUUGCCAGCAUGGAUGACGGAACGGUCAGAAUAGGAGUACUGACGUUUUCCUAUUCAGUCAGGCUUUAUGCUUAUCUAAAUUCUUACUCAACAGCCAGAUCCCUCCAGGAGGUUGUGAAGAACAUCAGCUACGACAGUAGCUCCACCUACACAGCUGCGGGUCUGUGGGCAGCGAACAACCAUAUAUUUGUCUCACGGCGUGGUGACCGAAGUGAUGUUCCAAACGUUGCCAUACUCAUUGCCGAUGGGAUAUCCAAUAUCGAUCGAGCGAAUACCAUACCACAAGCAAACCUUCUGAAAGAUACUGGAGCCAAGAUUAUUGCAGUUGGAAUAACCACUAGCAACAGAACGAAGGACGAGCUCGACAAACUUGCUUCUUUGCCUUUAAGUGACCAUCGAAUUGACGUUGACGACUUUACGAAACUCAAGGGCUUGUCGAAUUCUAUUCUGUCAGUUACCUGUGCGGAAACGUUAACACCACCGCCGAUCACUACACCAGCACCAACUACUACGACCACGACAUUUACUACUACACCAACAACCAUAACCACCACAGCAACCACUACCACUAGUCCCACAACAACAUCUACUACUACAUCGACAUCUACUACAACAGCAGCUACGACCCAAAUGACAAACCCAACAACAAAAGAAGAGGUCACAGAGGAACCGGAAUAUACUGGCACAGGAUUCGGUAUUAUAGUCGUUACCCCUGGUGGAAUGACCACUGAAGCAUGGGUAGUUGACAGUUCUUGUCAAUACCCUAAAGAAAUGGAUUAA